CGACCAACGCGGUCACAUCAAGUGAUUCUUUUUUGAGGCAAUUUUCCGUAACUUAAAUUUAUUUUGUGUAGCUAAGUGUUGAUCCUUUUUUGUUUUCGAUAAGUGAAUAUCCCGACCGUAGAAUAUGAGGUCGUUAACAGUUUUGACUAUAUUUGUCACAUUAAAUGUAGUCAUUUGUGAUCCAACAUUUUGGAAGAAAAGUUUAGAUCAUCAACCGAAAGGAGUGUGGCAGAAAAAGCUUGUGUGGAAGGAAGAAUGGGUGAAGGACUUUAAAGUCGAAAAACAGGAAAUAUGGAAAACUGAGCACAAAAAGGUCCAAGUACCAGUUUGGAAAACUAUUGAAGUUCCAAUUUGGCGCGAAGUCAAAGUACCCGAUUGGAAAGUGAUCAAGAAACCACAUGUUAUCGAGAAGGAAAUUCCAGCAUGGAAAGAGGAGAAGGUUGCUGACUGGAAAAAGAUCACUAAGCCGAUUUGGGUUCCCCAUCAAGUAGCCGUGUGGAAAGAGAUUCAAGUGCCUUAUUGGACUUCUGUUAAUGUACCCGUAUGGACAGAAGUUGAUGUUCCAGUAUGGAAAGAAGUGAAAGUUCCAGUGUGGCGCGAACAGAAGAAAGCAGUAUGGAAAGAGGUGAAAGUGCCAAUUUGGCGUGAAGUACAAAAACCAAUUUGGAAGGAGGUUCAAGUACCUUAUUGGAAAGAUGUUCAGGUUGAAGAUUGGAAGCAAAUUUGGGUACCAGCAUGGGUAAAAGAAGCCGUUCCCGGUGAGAAAUAUCUUGGCAAAGAUCAACAAGGAAAUGAAUAUACAGCACAUGAUGUAUGGAGGAAAAAGAUGAUCUGGAAGCCACAAUGGAAGAAAAUCUGGAAAACUAAGCAAGUUGAAGCAUUCAGAACUGAAAAGAAGCAAGAAUAUGUCACAGAAAAAGUUCAAGACUGGAAGGUCGAAAAGGUCCAAGAUUGGGUAGUUGAGAAAGUACAAGAUUUUGAGAUUAAGAAGGUACAAGAAUGGAAGAAAGACAAGAAAUUGGACUGGAAACAGGAGAAGAAAUUGAACUACAAGACAGAGAAGAAACAAGAAUGGAAAACAGAAAAGAAACUUGAAUGGAAAGACGAAUGGGUCCAAGUAUGGAAGCAAGUGAAGAAACAAGUCUGGGUCAAGCAAAAGACAGAAGUAUGGAAGGAAGAAAAGAUCCAAAUCUGGAGAACCGAGAAGAAGCAAGAAUGGGCAACAGAGAAGAAAUUAGUAUGGAAAGAUGAAGUCAAAGAAGAAAAAGUACCUGCCUGGGUAGAGAAAAAAGUACCAGUCUGGAAGAAAAUCUGGAAGCCAGUGUGGGAGAAGGUUUGGGUACCAACUGAAAGUCAUGGCCAUGGAUGGGACUGAAGAUGAGCAGUCACCAAAAAAAAAAAAUUAAAAUUAUACAAGAAACGAUUAUUAGCUAAAUUAGGAUUUUAAAGGAUUUCAGCCUAAAGAAGAGCGUUCAAUAAGUUAUUUUGGAGAAUGUCUAUCAAAUGCAUUAUUAGGUGAUAAAUCGCAACGAAAUUCAUGAACGCUGAACGGAGAAAAAAAUAACAAAAAAAAAAAAAUAUAGUCGUUAAGUUUAAGAUCUCGCCUACAAUCUAUCCUAUCAUCAUUUACUGGCUAAUACUCACACAUUUUUUUGUACUUUUGUAAAUACACUUGUUCUUCAUGCUUAUCAAAUCAGGUAGUCAUUUAUUGAAAAAAAAAAAUAAUUUUUCCAUACUUCCUUCAUGCAUUUAUUCUUACCGUAGUGUUGAGGAAAACUAAAAUUAACGAGAAAGUGUGUUUAAGCACAUCUUCCUCAUUUGUUGAUGUGGUGUCAAAAUAUUUUUAUAUUAAUUUGUAUUAUAAAAUCUUCAUUUCUUCCAAAUGAUUACAAAAUCCAAGAGUGGAGUAAUUUUUGAGAGACUUUAUGAAUGGGAAAGAUAAAAAAAUUGUUUUGUUAUUUCUCUUUUGUAUCGUUGUUCAUUUAAAAUAAUUUUUCUGUUUUUUGUGAAUGAAAGAAUGAGGAAAAAAAUAAGAAAUAAAAACAGCGAGUCAAAAAUA